UUGAUAGCGUGUUGGUAACUUUCAUGUAGUAUUGGUGUCUCUGGACACCCACAUUACUUUCCCACAACGAUACACACUCUACACCGAAUACUCUCUCAGCAGGGUGCAUUUAUAUUUCGACAUACGCAAGGCCGGUUAACAGUUGCACGUCAUAGAGAGUUAAGGAUUAACGGGAUGUACUAAGGGGAACUAAUUACAUUACUUUAGUUCUACUUUUGGUGUUAUUUUUACAUUGAUUUCAGAUCAGUGAUCAUAGCUGUUCCUAAGUAAAAUAUAAAAUGUCUUCUGAAGAAUCACCGAUAGAAAUAGUACGGAGGAACAACAGAGAAAUGGGUUAUCAAGAGAGGCAAGAGCGCAGGGAGACACUAGUAAACAGUAGGCGUGGCACCCUUGGUGAAAAAGCAAAUAGCCAGAAGAGAGUUAUUACAACUCAAGAAGUAAAGACAUUGGCAGAGAGACUGAAACACAAAGGCCAUUUCACAGUUCAAGACUUCAUGUUUCUUAAUCAUGCUCUCAUACAGAAUGAGGAAAACAUAAUUACUUUCUUCAGAGUGACAGGAGCCUUGCAUGCACUUGUUCGAGAGCUGACAGGACAAAAUACUUCACUUCAAUUGUCUGCUGCCAACUGUUGCUGUAAUUUGGCUCUUGGCAAUAAGAAAUCGUGCCUACAGUUGACAAAAGCUGCUGCUCCAUACCUUAUCUCACACUUGGAUGGACUGAACAACCAUCUGUUGGAAAUUUGUGUCUGGACACUAGGAAACCUGGCAGGAAGCGAUGUUAAGUCCUGGACAGUUUUACAUGCACAAGGUCUGUUGCCUAAACUGUUACAUUUAAUGACUUCUUCAGAAAGUGAUGUGGUAUGUGCGACUAUUUAUGCCCUUACUCAUUAUGUCAGGGUUGGACUGCAUACAAGCGAUCUCAACUCAGGAUUACAAAAACACAUUGUCAUGAAUGUACAUCCUGUAAUGGAAAGAGAUGCAUCAUCUUGUUGGGUGAUUUAUCUUCUUUCUUGUUGUUCUGAAUGUGACGAUGUAAUGUUGAUCAACUCAGUUGUGAGUCGAGGAGUCUGUCUCUUACGACAGUGUAAAACUGCUCCAGACAGUGAAGUGAAUGUCUCAAAGAUUACAGCUCUUGUGAGGAUGUUGGGGAACUUAAGUGCCAACAGGGAAGCUGCAGAGAUUCUACUUAUUCAUUCUUCAAUCAUAUCAGUUUUGAGAAUGCUUCUGGCGUCUCCAUACAUGCACGUACAACGCGAGACAUUGUGGCUUGUUGGAAAUUUAUUGAAUCAUACAUCCGUUGAAAUUCAACUUUUGGCCAAAGACAGCAAUUUGAUAGAGAGUAUAGAGCCGCUAUUAAGUGAUGCUCUAUCUAAUAUUCUGUAAUUAUUUAUGAAAACUUGAAUAUUAAAUUAAAGUUUUUAAAAUUAAUUUCAAAGACUCCAAGGAACUGUUAAAGGUUUUGUAAUAAAAAGUAUGCAAUUUCUGGUUUUUGUUUAUAUCAUACUUUGGGAGAAGUGAGAAAUACUUAAAAAAUUGUCAUAAUACCUCAAAGGAGCUGAUUACUAGGUAUAGAUAGAAGGAUAAUAUUAAAAUAAAUGUGAUGUGGAGGUGUAAACUGGCUGAGGAUAGAGUCAAUAGCAGACUUUGGUGAGCAAAGUGAUGAACCUUUGGGUUUCAUAAAUGUAUACAAUCCCUUGACUAGCUGAGUAACUAUAAACAUUUGUAAGAUCUUACACCAUGGAGUUAAUUCAAAUGUUACCUUUGAAAGCAAUAAAAAGUCCCACCUCUUGGCUUUUUACCAGUAAGUGGCAUGUCUAGAUUGCCACAUUUUUAGUGUGAGAACAGACAGGUUUUGUACUCCAGCAUUUCUCCAACAUUAAUGUAACUUAUUGUCCUGACGCAGUCACAAGAGUAUCAUUACUUUGAACACUGUGCACUACAUUUCAUGAUAUGAAGAGAAAGUGGUACACUUUUUAGUCUUAAAAGAAAGAUGAACUAAUGCCAGAAUGUAAGUUUUACAAUAAUACAUUUUAUACAUGAAUACAGAAGACAUUAGAAAUAUUCAACCCCGAUAGCAAUCCGGUAACUAGAAAUAUUUUUAAAAAGAGUCCUAUCAGAAAUGUUUAAUAUGCCAAAUCAUGAAAUCUGUGGAAUAAUACAAACAUAAACAGGACAUUGAAUGUGAUGAGUGGAAAACUUAAUUUAUAGUGAACCAUCACCUGUUGUAGCAAGAGAGUUACAAAAUUCCGUGCAGUACUUAACUACCAGUCAUUGUCCAAGUAACAAUAAAACUGUAUCACUGUAUAUAUACUUUGUUAUUUUAUGCUACUUUAUGGAUUGCCCAUUGUUCUGUUGUAAGAAAUAAUGUUUCACGAAUGUUGUUUGUUGAUUUUCCAGUCACAUUUCACAUGCACCUAGCACGUUCAUGCCAUGCCGAGCCAUAAAUGUUUCAUUGUUACUGCACAUUACAUUCAUUGGUGGGAAAUAAGGACAGUGCACCAAGGUCUGAAAUCUGAAGUACCCACAUGACAUUCAGGUCAUUCCACUGUGUGUCAGAAACAUUUUCAGCUGUUUCAUUCACUACUAUCAUGAUCAACUGCCAUGGUUUUUUCCUCUGACUGCAUUUCAAUUAAUCUAAUUUAGGUCUUUUGUAAGCUAAGGGUAAUAAUCACCAAGUUCAUAUGGUUUACAAACAUAGGCAAUAUUCAAACCUUUUGUAUUCUGGUCUCUUGUUUCUCCAUUUCUGGAUCACUGAUAUGGUUGGUAAGCAAUCAUAACCAGUUGUUACAGUGAAAAAGUGAUUUAUGUUCGACACUUCUGUUGUUUGGCAACCAUUGAAUGUGUAACACUAUAAUCAAGUUGUGCCACAGUGCUAAAUAAUGAGCACUAGUCAAUAUAAGUUAUCAAUAAACAAACUUCAAGAAUAACCCAAGCA